AUGGACCCUACCCUCGCGGAGAGUAAACUUGGCUAUCAUGGCCUGCCAACUAAGUCUACUGGCAACGAUGGGACGGCUAUUAUCAAGGGAAUGGCUCAAACAGAUCAAGUCAAAUCUCUAAUUCGAAAAUUCCUUGAAGAAACCAAUUUCGAUCGCAGUAGCCCCUUCAUCAAGGACCAUCAAAUGGCAGUUGCUGUGUGGGAACAUUUCAAAAGCCUAGACUUGGGACCUAAGAUGGAAAAGUCAGUCCAGAAAACGCUCAAGCUUUCUGUGACUUUUACCCAUCAGGCAUACACGGCCCUCCCUUUCGAAAUCAGAGUUCUAUGUGCCAUCCAAUUUCUAUACAUGUUCCUCGUCGACGAUGUAGCUGAAGAUUUCAUGAGUGAUCUCCAGGCAUUCGGCCAAAAUUCUGUCCUUAACAAAUCUCACAAUAAUACUCUACUAAACGGAUUCGAUACUCAUCUUCGCAAUCUUGCCUUUUAUUACGGACCCUACUGCCACUCCGCAAUCACCAAGUCCUUAAUUGAUUAUGUCAACGGUCGCAUUAUUGAGCACAAGAUGGAACAAUCCAGCUUCAAAUUCUCUGCAGAGUCCCGACUUAUGCCCAUGUUUCUCCGGACAAAGGUUGGGGGUGCAGAAAUCCUCAUUCAUCUUCUCUAUCCAAAAGCCAUCUUCCCGGAGGACGAAUACGUCAUACAAUAUUUUCCUGCAAUCCAGGAGUUAGUUCUCUUCAUCGAUUUCACAAAUGAUAUCUUGUCUUACUACAAGGAGUUCUGUCUUGAUGACGAAAAGGGGAAUUUUGUUGCCAACUUUGCCGAUACACAUGAGGUACAGCACUUGGACGUCUUGAAGUAUCUGACCAGCUAUACACCUAGGUUACUGAAAUCGGUGUACCAACUGUUUGGUAAUAACUCAUUCUUGCUCCAGUCAGUUGAGAACUUCACCCGAGGAUGGAUUAUGCUUUGUACGGCGCAUCGCAGAUAUCAUUUGGUGGAGCUGUUUGCGGAGGAACAAUACCUGCCACCUUAUGAUGAAGAUGCCUAA